GCGCUGGUAGCCGGAGGCGGGAGCGGGCCCUGGCGUCCAGCCGUCACCGCCCCCUCCAGGUGCUCCAGCCCCGCGAGCUGGCACUGCGGCUGUGGACAGCGACCCGGGAAGGUUGCUCCAGAAUGAAAAUGUGGCUCUGGUGUUUGGUGGUCUGUUUGGUCCUUGGGACCCUGCAUUCCGAGGUAUCCAGAGGGAAGCUGGCACCUGUGGAUCCUGAAACAAAUAUGAAUGUGAGUGAAAUUAUCUCUCACUGGGGAUUCCCUAGUGAGGAACACCUAGUUGUGACAGAAGAUGGAUAUAUUCUUUGCCUUAACCGAAUCCCGCACGGGAGGAAGAACCAUUCUGACAGAGGUCCCAAACCAGUUGUGUUCCUGCAGCAUGGCUUGCUGGCAGAUUCCAGUAACUGGGUCACAAACCUGCCCAACACCAGCCUGGGCUUCAUUCUGGCAGACGCGGGUUUUGAUGUGUGGAUGGGGAACAGCAGGGGAAACACCUGGUCUCGGAAACACAAGACCCUCUCCAUAGACCAAGAUGAGUUCUGGGCCUUCAGCUACGAUGAGAUGGCAAAUUAUGACCUACCAGCUUCAAUUAACUUCAUUCUGAAUAAAACUGGCCAAGAACAAGUGUAUUAUGUGGGUCAUUCUCAAGGCACCACGAUAGGUUUCAUAGCAUUUUCACGGAUCCCGGAGCUGGCCAAAAAGAUUAAAAUGUUUUUUGCCCUGGCUCCCGUGGCCUCAGCCCAGUUCGCUACUAGCCCUCUAGUUAAAUUAGGACGAUUUUCAGAUCUUCUCAUUAAGGACUUAUUUGGGGUUAAAGAAUUUCUUCCCCAGAGUACGUUUGUGAAGUGGCUGAGUAUACAUGUUUGUACUCAUGUCAUUCUGAAGGAGCUUUGCGGAAAUGUCUUUUUUGUUAUGUGUGGAUUUAAUGAGAGAAAUUUAAAUAUGUCUAGAGUGGCUGUGUAUGCCACACACUCUCCUGCCGGAACUUCUGUGCAAAAUAUGUUACACUGGAGCCAGCUUAUUAAAUUGCAGAAGUUUCAAGCCUUCGACUGGGGAAGUAGUGCCAAGAAUUAUUUUCAUUACAACCAGAGUUACCCUCCCUCUUACAAUGUGAGAGACAUGCUGGUGCGGACCGCUGUCUGGAGUGGGGGGCAGGACUGGCUCGCGGACGUCAGCGACGUCAGUGUCUUACUGACCCAGAUCUCCAACUUGGUGUACCACAAGCACAUUCCUGAGUGGGAGCAUCUUGACUUCAUCUGGGGCUUGGAUGCCUCGUGGCGGCUCUAUAAUGAAAUGAUAAAUCUAAUGAGGAAGUAUCAGUGAACGCCAGACUGGAGACAUUUACUGUCAAGUCAUGUUAAAUCUGUUUGCUUAAUUUCUCUAAAUAUACGUGUUUUCCUUUCCCAGGC